ACGUGAGACCCAGGGCCUGUAAAAUGGAACCAAUAUCAACGACUAUCUGUCGACGUAAAAUAUUCGACAUCUUGCCGUUAGUACUAUCACCAGUGGCCGGAAAAGCAAUCUCGAAUGCCGCAGCUGUGGCAGGGGAUAUUGUCAAAACCCUACCUCCAUAUCCUGAUGCCGAAGUUUUCAUCCCCGAAGGUCAUGUUUGGGUGGAGGGUGACGAACCCUUCCGGACUCUUGAUAACAAUAAAUUUGGCCCAGUCCCCCUUGCUCUUUUAGACUCCAAGUUGAUGUAUAUCAUCUGGCCAUUGGAUCGUGUAGGGCCUCUGCAUCCACCAAUCUCCCCAAUCUCCAAGAGAGCAGCCUUCGAACGAGAGCAACAUAGGCAGUCGAGGGUAAUUGCACGCUCGACAAUGACGACUCACUCGUAACCUAGCUGGCUUUUGCUAAGGUAUACUACCAUUCAAGCAAUGGGUCUGCCAUGACAGACCUCCUCGUUCUCUAUAAUAUAUGGG